AUGAAUAUGACCUUGGACCUCUUUUCGAUAGAAAACUUUUUAAGCGAAUUAGCUGUAACGAGGGUUGGACCUAUAAUCAAAUCGAAGUCAGGCACUCAGCAGGAAUAUGAUCUCAAGACAGGAGCAAGAGCAGUCGAUAUUGUGACUGCCAUAGAUAAGCAAGUGGAAUCCUUGAUAUGGGAAACUUUGAAGAAGGAAUACCCCGAUUUCAAGUUUAUCGGUGAAGAGAGUUAUGUGAAAGGCGAAACUGUCAUAUCGGAUGAGCCUACAUUCAUUGUCGAUCCAAUUGACGGAACCACCAAUUUUGUUCACGAUUUUCCAUUCAGUUGUACCUCCCUUGGCCUGACUGUCAACAAAGAACCUGUGGUAGGCGUGAUUUACAAUCCUCACUUGAACUUGCUGGUCUCAGCUUCGAAAGGGAAUGGAAUUAGAUUGAACGGCAAGCUUUUUGAUCAUGAAAGUAAGAUUAAAUCAAUGGGUCCACUAGCUCUUAAUAAAUCAGUUGUAGCCCUGCAGCCAGGUUCGGCAAGAGAGGGCAGCAACUUUGAGACUAAAAUGGCAACUUUUCAAAGUUUACUCGCCUGCGAUGGCGGGUUUGUCCAUGGAUUUAGGAACCUGGGAUCCUCUGCUAUGACAAUGGUUUACAUAGCCCUCGGAAACCUGGACAGUUAUUGGGAUGGAGGCUGUUAUUCAUGGGACGUUUGUGCGGGAUGGUGCAUCGUCAAGGAGAUGGGAGGGAAAAUUGUUGGUGCUAAUCCCUCCGAAUGGUCCAUUAGUGUUGAUAAUCGUACUUACCUUGUGGUUAGAGGUACUAACGAUCCCAGCGGGAAGGAUCAAAGAAAAUAUAUCGAGGACUUUUGGUCAAAUGUGAAGGGUCAGUUGAAAUACGACUGA